AUGAAUACCAGCACUGUGGCGCAGUCUCAAAAGAAGACAAAAGACGCCGACCAUGUCUCUGUCUCCGUCCCCGUCCCUGUCCCCACCAUAACUAUCGUUACCACAGCCCAGUUUGACCUAUGGGGGAGCCCUAUCGCCGUCUCCGAGAUGCCGUCAGAUCGUUCCUCCGAUCGAGUGACUUCGCCCCACCAAAUGAGGCGGUGUCACAGAUCCACACCGCGGUAA